CAGUCGAACGCUCCGAUACAGACAUCACGAUGCUCUGGGACAAAUCACAACCAGCAGCGGAGGUGCGGUCCAGACCGUACCAAGGGGUCCGGGUAAAGGAUCCGGUCAGAGAGCUGCUCCGUAGGAAGAGAACGGCAGCGCCCCCUACCUCCAAGACAACUGCUCCAACUGUGGAGGUGGGGCCUUCCAUCAGCCAAGGUCUGUUCUCCAGCUCUGAGUCUCCUGCAGCGCUCAGUGAAGGAUGCUCUGGGUGGAGGGCGGUGCCAGCCUCCAGUUGCUCCGUCCAGCCUUCUCUCCUGCCCUGGUCUGCCCCCGACUGCAGCCCCCAGGACGGCCUAGCUCCGAGCCAGUCCUACUCCGUCGCCACCGCCCUGUCCACGGGCACGGACCUCUACAUGCAGACCCUGUGCCCCAGCUACACCAUGCUGACCUACACCCACGCUCCUCUGCUUACGAACUUUGGGACCAUCCCGGUGGCUCCAGUGCCCACCCCUCUGCCUCAGAUGGACACAGACUCAGGGCUCACAUACCUGCCCUGGACCACCAUGUCCAGCCCCACGGCGCUGAGCGGGUCUUCUCUGCUCCACGUGCCUCUCUCCAUGUCUUUGGCCACGAUGAUCCCUCAGCUGGACCCACAAGUCUCAAACGUAGACUCACAAAUCCUGGGGACGCCGCUGCAGCCCGUGACGGAAGGUCCGAGCGAAGGGCAGAGCGAGGAGGAAGACCAUGAGAAGCAGGAGUCUCCCAGUCUUCUCGAUAAACUUUUGGAAGAACAAAAAGCAGAUGAUGAAGAAGAAGAUAAAGACUUAUACAGUGACUCAAUCUAUGUCACAAAUGUCUAA